UGUAGACAGUGUCAACAUCAUAGUUGGAGAUAUUAUCUAGAUUUCUUCAAUUUUGUAGAUUUAGCUUCAAUUGUUACUUCAAUAGUUAUGGUAUCAGUUUAUAUUACUCCUAGCUUUAAAAAAUCAAAUGCAUUUGCUGAUGUUGUGACUACAUCAAACAUAACUGCUGGUUUCUCUUUUACAAUGUUAUUACUUUGGUUUGAAUUCGUAAGUAUUCUUAAAUUAUAUUUCUUUACUUUUUAAAUUAUUUUUAGAACCUGCGAAAUAUCUUUACAUUAUAUUAAAUAUUAUAAAAAAGACAUAUUUAUUCGUCGUUUUCAUGUUAUUGGUUGUCCUUGCGCUUUCUCACGUGUUUUUACUCUUAUUACAACAUACGGACUUUUCUGAUCUUGA